CUCAGCCCGUGUCUUGGGGCUAGCACCGGCUCUCCGAGUCGUGUUUCUAGCCGCUAGCUUGUGAGAUUUGAAGGCUAGAAGCAAAGCAACGAAACACAGAACCCCACCAGCUCGUUUCUCACAAACUCUCGAAUGCUCUUCCCACCUCUUCUUGUGGCAGCAUAAAAGCAAAUGCUUGGGGGUGUGUACGGGCAGUAACAUUGAUUCUGAGAAAUGGACAACAGCAUUUGUCAAGUUUAUGAAGAUGAAAUCCAGUCACUGGAAGAAGAAAUUAAACUACUGGCUGAAAAGUAUGAAGAUAGCCAACAAGAAUCCACCUUUUUUUCUGACGAGGAGAUAUUAAUGUCAAUAAAAUCAUUCCAAAGAGAAUUUCAGGGACAAUCUAAGGGACAUGAAUCUCCGUCAGACCUGAAAGCUCAACUUGAAAGUCUAGAAACAGAUCUUUCAUUUUUAAUGAAAUUUACUGGUAUUCAGUUCACAAGUCAUUCCAAGAAAACAGUGGAAAAAACUACAAACAGAACAGUGCGGAAGCACAGAUUAUCAGGGAAUUGCCACUCCCUGUCUUUUCAAUUGGAAUUCCAGCUUCUUGAAAUGCAGAACAAAGAGAGUGUGUCAGCUGUUAUUACUGAUCUCAGCAUUAUAAUGGAAUCUGGAGAAGAUUCAGACGUGAGCAAGUUUGUGUCAAGCACUGAAGAACAUGGAAAUCUUUUAACGUUUUUCAGAAGCCUUUCAUCUUAUGCUGAGUGGUAUGAACAUCGCAGACGCACCUUCCUGCAUUUCAAGGGCAAAUACCCUGAUGUUGUGACCCUUCCGGAAGGACUGCUGGGAGAUUAUCUAAUUCUAAGGAACCCCAAACUUUCUGGGUUGGAAUUAAUGAUCGUUUGGAAGAUACAUCUAGAUGAAGAAGGGAGAACUACACCUGUUCUGGACCUUCUGACUAAAGUACCGGAGCAAGUCUUGGAGCAGAAGAUGGCAACUAUUGAAAAUGCACCUGCCUCCUUCCGAAGCAUGCUGCUUCUGUUUGGGAUUGAGACCGCUAUCGAGAAUCUGAUCAAAGUGGUUGGCUUGGAAAAAUGAACACCAUCACUACUUACAACAGGCAGCAAUUUCAAAAGUAGUUUUAAUUAAGGUAUUGUGUUACACAGUCUAUAAUUUUAUUGAAUAUAAACAUUAAGUUAUCUUCCAUUUAGAAACCAUACUCAUAAAACAUGCUAUCUGUACAAUUAUGGCACGUUAUAUAUAAAUUGUCAUGACAUGAAAAUAAAUACAGCCAUUUAAAUACAAAAAUGCCAAAUAAAAUAGUUACAUGUACAGAGUGAUUUCAUUAUAAAUUUAUCUUUCUGAAUCUUUAAUGUACCAGAGUGGUUUAUCUUCUUAACAUUUUCUAGAUACCUGGAAAGUGUUAAAAGAUCAUGCACUGUCAAAAUCAAGUCCAUAAAAAUCCAUUUCAUUUCACAGCUCUGUAAAAGUACAGUGAUUUUAAAAUGAUAAGAGAACAGUGAGAGACUCCUAGAACAAAGAGUUAAAUAGCUUUCUCAUUAAAUUAGGGUGGAAGUAGACAAUUUGAAGAUUUCAAAGACAUAUUAUGCUUAAAAAAAAAAGGGGGGGGGUAACUGUAUGAAGUAACUUUUCUCCCUAAUGUAAAUGUUGAGUAGAGACAGCGUUCUUCUACAACUGAAGAAGAAAGGACCAUUACACUUCCGUAAAGAGAGAUGGAGGAGUUAACUACUGCUCACCGCAGCACUUCGUUUUGAUUUCCUACUUCUAGGGGGAAAUUGGAGUAGGGUAACACAUUACGAAAGCAUCACGUUUCAUACAUUCAUCCCUGAAGAAACAAAACAGGUUAGACAGAUGUCUUGUAAUCUUCCUUCGCUUCCAUCAGAUAGACCAUUAGCUCGGUUGUGAACUCUCGGCAUUUUUCAAGAGAGCUCCUGCCCUGCACUAGCUGUCACAACCAAACCCAUGCAACUGCAAGCCACGUCCUCCUUAGGCAGGGAGCAACAGUUGUUCCUGGAAUCAAGGGGCCAGAAAUAUGAACUGUGGACUCUCAAGUAAUACUGAGAGACUUCAAGUCCACAGCUGCUAUAAACCCUGCAAGCAGUACAACUGCCUGCUCCGUUUAUAAAUUAUGACAAAGUAUUUUAUAGCAAUGGUGAAACAGAUAGAGAAAUCAAGAACUAAAGCAACGGUAUGUUUAUAAUACCGUAAUUUUAACAAUCCACUAUGUGAUCGCUGAAAUAGUCUCCUGCUGUUCUGGCAGGUCAGGAAAAACUGACAGACCGGCUUGGUUUCUGUCAGAAUCUACAGGUGAGCAAUGCCAGAGAUUUUUUGUUUCUGUUUUCAAUGAACAGCAACUCUGUAAUAAAAUACCUUGUUAGAUAUAAGGCAGACUAAUUUCAAGUUUGGAGUCCAGUAGACAGGCAAAAUUCUUUGCUACUUUAUCCACUGACACGUUACUGGUCUAGCUGGUUUUGUGUAACCUUUAGUUUAUUUCAUCCUUAGCUCCUUCUUGCAUGAAAAUGGAACUGUUUGAUCACAUAUGCUUCUCUGCAUAUGAAGUGUGUGUAAAAUUACAGCAAAAGAACCUGAAACCUUUCCAGCUGUGGAUAGUCCUUCCUUCCUCCUCCUGUCUAACAGUUGGAGGAUAUCUGGAUUUAGAAAUAGAUCUCUCUCCCCCCAGGUUUUCUUUGGAAAGAAAGGGUUAUUACCACUGUCAACUACCAGCUUAUUGCACUGUUGUAGUAUUACAUUUCAGCGAGAGCAGCCCACGCCCCUGUCCCAGAAAGGCACGCUGUCGCCUGGAAGUGGAAUACAAGAGAUUGCGAACGUGGGUCACUGCCCCUGGCAAAGCUCCAUUGCUGUGUGAGUGGUGUUACUCUGUAUUUCGUAUUUCUUCCUUGAGUUAUGCCAAUAUAGACAGGGUUUUCUGGUUUUGCUUUUUGAAUUUCAGGUAAAAUGGAACAAUUCAAGCAUUACCUUGAGAUCCCAAUAUAUUUUUUUAAAUGUUAACCUACACUAUUUUGAAAAACAUUACCAGUAAGCACACGCUGUAUCCAGGUAACAGCAGUUCACUGUAGCUUGAAUAGCAUCUCUCUGCACGUUGCAGGGUGUGUAAUCCCCAAGUGUAUGGGAAAAGCGUCUGUAGAUUUUAUCAUUCUACCCUCAGUUGUGAAUACAUCCUCAGUCUCCAGCUCAGCAUCUUCCUCGAGGAUGGCUUUUACUGCACCAUCUCACAAGAUUCCAGCUGCACGUGUCAACGUUUACAAAGUAAAGCCAUCAUUAAAUUGCUGAAGUAGUGAUACGAGCUUAGCUCCAGUACUCAUCAUGAGCAAGUGACCCCCCGCAGCUUCAGAAAAUUGGAUACUGUCACCUUUUUUCUGUGUCACUUAAAAAGAACGAGCCUGAAAGCAGCUGGUCGUGCUAUGCAGUAUGUGGGAUAUCACAGUGGAAUAAUGCCAACGUUUGACACGAUCUGAAAGACCUGAAGUAAUCUGUAAAACUCAGACCAUAUUAUUCUUAUAGCUCAAUUUAAAUUAGGUAAGAGCGAGCUGUGGUUUCACCUUCAAUAGCAGCAUAUAAUGUAUAGAACAAGUUAA